CGUGAUCGUCAAUUGUAAUUGUUUAGAGAGCUUCUGAUACGUAUUCUACUACUGUAGCGUGUUUCGGAGGUGUAGUUUGCUCGUCUGGUGCAGAUUAAGCUUCAUUAAUCUUAAUAUUAUUGGAAGACUGCUAUGUAUCGAAUGCUGGAUUCCUGCUCAAUUUAUGUAGUUUUUGCUGUUGGUGUUAGUACUUGAUUCUGUGUCGGUUUUAAGCUGUUUCUGUACAAAAGAGGAUAGAUCUUACAAUUGAGCUGCCUAAUUGUGCGUUAAUGGGAUCGAUAUAGUUAUAGUUUCAUGGCAAUGCAAUCGGGAAAUGUGAUGAUCCCUGAUAAAAUGCAGUUUCCGAGUAGCGGCGUCGGUGGUGUUGGUGGCGGUGGCGGAGAGGUCCACCACCGACAGCAGUGGUUUCCAGAUGAGCGCGACGGAUUUAUCAGCUGGUUAAGAGGAGAAUUUGCGGCGGCGAAUGCCAUAAUUGAUUCGUUGUGUCACCAUUUGAGGUCCAUUGGUGAGCCUGGGGAGUACGAUUUUGUCCUUAACUGCAUCCAACAGCGCCGCUGUAACUGGAAUCCUGUUCUUCAUAUGCAACAGUAUUUCUCCGUUGCUGAAGUCAUACUUGCAUUGCAACAGGCACAAUGGAGAAUACAGCAGAGGCAUUUUGAUCAGAUGAAAAUCACGGAGAGGGAAUUUAAAAAACCCACGUCGUUCGGUGCUGGUACUAGACAGGGGUUCAGGUCUGGAACUGUCAAGGAGAAUCACAUAUCUAGUGUGGAACCGCAUCGUGUUGAUGUGAAUAUUUCUGUUCAAUCCGUGAACCCUGCUGAUUCAGAUAAAACUGAAGAAAAAACAGAAAAGAUUGAAGCUGUCAAACAGGGGGAAAAGGCUGAGAAAUCAGAUGAAAAAGUUUCAGCAAUUGCAGAGAAGAAAGAAGGAACUGGUGGAAUGACAAGGUCUCAUGUAGAUAGCAACUCAAAUGGUUCAACAAAUUCAGAAGGUAUGAAGAAUGAAAAUUCAGAACCAGAGGCAGUGGAUGCCAGCAUCACUAAUAACUCAACAGGAACUUGUGAUGCCCUUCAAAAGAGUGAUGCAGAUAGAAUCCCAAACCAGGAUGAAAAGCAGAAUCCCACUCCCAUUCCAAAAACUUUUGUGGGUACCGAGAUAUUUGAUGGGAAGGCGGUUAAUGUUGUUGAAGGACUAAAACUGUAUGAAGAACUAUUUGAUAGCUCAAACAUUUCGAAGAUCGUUUCAUUGGUGAAUGAGUUGAGAGCUACUGGGCGGAAAGAACAGCUCCAAGGACAGAUGUUUAUGGUCACAAAAAGACCAAUGAAAGGGCGUGGUAGAGAAAUUAUUCAACUGGGCCUCUCCAUUGCUGAUGCACCUCCAGAAGAUGAACAAAUGGUUGGCACCUCCAAAGAUCGGAAGGUGGAAGCUAUCCCAGGUCUGCUGCAGGACAUAAUAGAUCGCUUGGUUAGCUUGGAGGUUAUGAAUGUGAAGCCAGAUUCUUGCAUUGUGGAUUUCUUUAAUGAGGGGGAUCACUCGCAGCCCUUCAUGUCUCCACCUUGGUUUGGAAGGCCUGUUUGCAUGCUGUUCUUGACAGAAUGCGAAAUGGCUUUUGGCAGAGUAAUUGGAAUAGACCACCCAGGGGAAUAUAGAGGCUGUCUCAAGCUUUCUCUUUCAGCAGGAUCUCUUCUCAUGAUGCAAGGUAGAAGUGCAGAUUUCGCCAAAUAUGCAAUCUCUUCUCUUCGCAGGCAGCGUAUACUCAUUACCUUUAUUAAGUCUCAACCAAAGAAAAUCAUGUCGAAUGAUAGUUUGCGCCUUUCCUCAUCCACUGCAACACGACCGUCGUCCCCUUGGGGCCCACCAUCUUCUAGGCCUCUAAAUCAUGUUCACCAUCCUGCGGGUCCCAAGCAUUAUGGAAAUAUCCCGGCAACUGGGGUACUGCCAGCUCCGCCCAUCCGCCCACAACACCUCCCACCUCCGAAUGGCAUGCAGCCUUUGUUUGUGCCAGCCCCAGUGGCACCAGCUGUGCCAUAUCCAGGCCCAGUUCCACUGCAGCCCGUAUCAGCCGGAUGGGCAGCUGUUCCUCCAAGGCAUCCUCCUCCUCGACUCCCAGUUCCUGGCACUGGGGUUUUCCUUCCCCCUCCAGGCUCUGCCCAGCCCCCACCUCCUCAAGGAGCUCAACAGCAAACGCCAGCCAAUGCCACUGAAGUGAACUUUGCAGCAGAGAUGCCAUCUGCACCAGAGGACGAGAAUGGAUUGGAUAGAUCCAGUAGUAAUUGCAAUGCUUCUCCCAAAGGUAAACUGGAGGGAAAAGUUCAGAUAAGGGAAUGCAAUGGAAACAUGGAAGGGAUUGAUGGUGGAAGGGUGAUGGGGAAGGAAGAACAGCAACAGAAUGGUCUUAAGAAGGUUGGAAACUAGCCAACAGGAGAAAUUAAAUAGAGAGAGAGAGGCUGUAUUCUUUAAAACGCAUUUGCAGAGUAAAGGGUAGGCUGCAAACUGCAAAUGAGUUCGGGGCAAAUGUAAAGAGCGGCAGAAAGAAAAAAGCUUGGGUUGGAUUUUGAUUGGGAACUUUUCUUGUUUUUACCUCUUGGGGGAGGGUUUUGGGUGGGGGAGGGGUGGGGGGGAUGAGAACUUUUAGUUCUCUGGAAUCCUCCUAGUUCCUCUCUUAUUUUUGGUACCUUUAGAAUGCCAUCAUCUUGUUGUAUGAACUCUUUACCCGCACAAGGAAUCCAUUCUCAAAUCUCAGCAACAACUCUUUAAUCAGGUGAA